AUGCGCGGCAACGACCCCCAGAUCAAGGUCCACUACAAGGGCGCCGACGACGACUAUGUCAUCUACGUCGACUCCAAGGAGGCGGUUGCGGACUGGAAGAAGGACAGCAGCGUGCCAUUGGCACAAGUCGUGAGCGGAUGGAAGAUUUUCGUGACGCACAAGCAAGGCAACCAAGGUGUGCUGGAUGCGGCUUCCAAGGCGUCGCUGGAGUCUGAGUUUGGUACGAGCAAGGACGAGGAGGUUGUGAAGCAGAUUUUGGAGAAGGGCACCAUUAUUGAGUCGGCGAACUCUGCACGUGACGGCAACAAGAACGACUCCAAGGGUGGCAUGGUGGCUCACUGA